AUGGCCCAGGAUCCGACAGAGGACCCGAAGGUCGCACCCGGGACGCAGCAGUGCUGGAAGCUCAUCAAGAACCUCGCCGUUGUUGAACAAUACCAGAGCCAGGCCAGACAUACCAUCUCAGAUGAUCUAAAAAUUGGCUUUUUCACCUCUGACCAUGCUACCCAAACAGAUGUCAGUGAGAUUUUGCCAUUAAAAGAUUUGAGUUCAACUACACAAAACUUGGUGCAGAUUAUUACACACCUUCAGGUGGAUUUUAGGUUCCUUGAAGAAUUGGUUCAGUUGAAGUUUGAGGAACGACUUAAAGAAGAGUCUUCGAGUAUCUUCAAUGCUCUGUAUGACAGGAUCUUAGAAAUGGAAAAGCACUACCAGCAGAAUGAGGAUAAGAUGAGAAAAUCCUUUCAGCAGCAGCUAGCUGAUGCCAUCGCUGUCAUCAAAGGAAUGUACCAGCAAUACUUUGAUGUACAGCAAGAGGAAACUGCUUCACACAAUGCUGAAAAUGUCAAAUUGGGUGUUUUGUCAAGGAAACUGAAAGAGAAAGAAGAAAUUAUUAAGGAAUUAAGAGAUGCUCUAGAUCAAUGUGAAGGAUUUCAAAAACUUGACACUUUUGCUGAGGCCAACGGUUCCAAAUCAAACUUAGAAAGAGAAAACUGGGAGUACAGAAUGGAAAAUGAGAGACUGCUCAAAGUUAUUUCAGAACUUGAAGAAGAAGUCAAACGCAAUAUAAAAGAAAAUUCAACAUUAGAAGAUGAACUUAUAAGUCUGAAAGAGGUUUCAGAACAGAAUCAGAGAACUAUUCAAAAGGACAGUUCAGUUCUCUCUCACGUCAGCUCCAAGACUAGGCUUGAGACCUCCUCCACUGAGAAAGACAAGCCCACCAAGAUUGACCAAAAAAAGAUGAAGGAAAAGCUUUUGGAUGAAGGAACAACUUUGAAGAAGAAGAUAGAAGUGCUUAAACUUAAAGCACCUGCUGUACAUGAAGAAAGGAAGACAGAAGCAUCAUUGCCUCAGGAUGAAGAAAAAGAAGCCCUGAAAGAACAAAUAGAACUACUGAAAAUAGAGUUGGAGAAAGUGAAACAGAAGUUUGAAAGAUUUAGAAAAGAAUCAGAACGAAUAAGCAAAAACUGGGAGAAGAAAUUCACUAUUCUCAGGAGCAGCUUUCAUGCCCUUAAGGAUGAGAUGUUUACCAGACGCACGCUAUUUCGUCAGUUUGCAGUAGUUGCUGAUACAUCCUUCAAUUACAUGAAAUCAAAACCUUUAUAUGUGUCGUCUAAAGUGAACUUGAUGGAUGCCACAUCAUCUUUGCCAACUGAUCAUUUCUCUUCACCAAAGAAGUCCAUGGAUGAAAUGAUUAAUCAAGCAUCUUCAUCAAAAGACCAUGAAGCAGAGACCAUGAAGCUGCUCAAGGUCUCCAAGAUCAAAGACGCCCUCAAGUUCAUCAAGAAAAUGGUGGGAAUGCAAUUUGUACCAGCAUGA